AUGACUGUGAGUGCCCCAAAACGACGGAGCAGCGACGACGAGGCGCCGCCUGCCAAGCGGAUGAACGUGGCCAACGGCGGCGACCACCCCGAUUCCUCAGAUAUGCUGGACUUGCUGAGUGAUGGCGAAAGCAUCUACGACAUGCCCCCCGAUAGACCGCUGGCCCAGUGGCUUGAGACCAUCCACAAAGUGGUCCAGGCGGUGGUGUCGAUCCAGUUCACCCACGUGGCGCCGUUCGACACCGAGACCGCCAUCGUGUCGGAAGCUACCGGUUUUAUUGUUGAUACUGAACGGGGGAUUAUCCUCACCAAUCGGCACGUAGUGGGCCCCGGUCCGCUCAACGCCUACGCUGUCCUCGAUAACCAUGAAGAAGUGCCGCUUACUUCGUUAUACCGCGACCCCAUCCACGACUAUGGGUUCCUCAAAUACGACCCUUCCAGCAUUAAGUACUCCACGGUUACUCCGCUUAAACUUAAACCUGAGGGAGCUAAAGUGGGUACUGAAAUCAGAGUUGCCGGUAACGACGCUGGGGAAAAGCUCCUGAUUCUCUCCGGGACGAUCUCCAAGCUUGACCGUAACGCUCCUGAUUAUGGUAAUAUGAUGUAUAACGAUUUCAACACUGAGUAUAUCCAGGCUGCUGCCAGCGCCCUGGGAGGGUCAUCCGGUUCCCCCGUGGUGGAUAUUGACGGUGAUGCUGUGGCGUUACAAGCCGGUGGUUCUACCGAGGCGUCUACUGAUUUCUUCCUUCCCCUCGAUCGUCCUAAACGGGCUCUUGAAUGUAUCCAACAAGGGUUGCCUAUCACUCGAGGUGAUAUCCAAGUGGAAUGGCAAUUGAAACCUUACGAUGAGUGUCGUCGGUUAGGCCUCACUGCUGAUGCUGAAGCCGAGGCUAGGGAACGGUUCCCUCACCGGAUCGGGAUGCUCGUGGCAGAGAUCGUGCUUCCCGAUGGUCCUGCUUACGAUCACAUCAAGGAAGGUGACAUUUUGCUUGAAGUUAACAAUACCCCAAUCUCGCUGUUUGUUCAAGUGGACGAGAUCUUAGACGCCAAUGUUGGCCAGCAGCUUCAGUUUGUUGUGCAACGACUGGGACAAACGCUUACCCAGCAAAUCACCAUUGGCGACCUUCACAAAAUCACGCCUGACCGGUAUGUGGAAGUCGCUGGUGCCCUGUUCAACGCGUUGCUGUACCAGAUUGCCAGAUGCUACUGUAUCCCUGUCACGGGUGUAUACAUCAACCAUGCUGGUGGUGGGUUCGACUCUCUCCAAGACCGCCUGGGAUGGAUCUUAGAGAGUGUUGACUAUAAACCUACACCCACCCUCGAUGCCCUUAUCGAGGUGAUGAAGAGUUUACCCGAUAGCCAACGGGUGCCCGUCACUUACCGUCACGUGCUGGAUAUUCACACCGAGCUCGUGAGAGUGAUCUACUUGGAACGCCACUGGUGUCUGACCUUCAGAGUCGCUGUACGUAACGAUACUACUGGUCUCUGGGACUUCACUGAGCUCCAGCUGGCGCCGCCUCCCGCUCCUCCCAUCGAGCCGCAAAACGCUAAGUUCAUCGAUUUAAACGUGUCGCUGCCUGGCCGCGCUGCUCUUCCUAGACUGUUGGUACAAAUCCGCAGUCACACUCCCAUCACUGUCGACCUGUACCCCUACGCUCGUGACUUUAGUUACGGGGUGGUUGUCGAUGCCGAACAUGGCUACGUGCUUGUUUCUCGCAAGACGGUGCCCCACGAUAUGUGUGAUGUGUUUGUGGUGUUUGCCGAGUCGAUCGAAGUCCCCGCUACCGUCGCCUUCCUUCACCCGACGCUCAACUACGCCAUCGUCAAAUACGACCCGCUGAAGGUGCUUGCCGAUGUCCGUACGCCCAAAUUCAGCACUACCCCGUUGAAGCGAGGCGACAAAGCCUGUUUUGUCGGCUACACUCACAACAUGCGCAUGGUCACCGACGACGACAUCACGGUGCUGGCGGUGCUGCUGAUCAACAUUCCCCUGAACGCGGUGCUGCCUCGUUACCGUGGGAUCAAUAUGACCACGGUGGUGAUCGAUCUGAAGCUUGUCCACGAACUGCUGCUGGGUCUUGUCACUGAUGCCGACGGCACCGUAAGAGCCAUUUGGCUCACUUACCUUGGUGACACUAACUGCGAUAGCCAGGACGUCUUGUACAAAAUGGGGUUGGACGUUACUGACGUCGCGGCCGUGAUCAAACUGCUCAAUGCCAAUACCAUCCCUCAACACUUACGGAUGAUUGAAGCCGAAUUCAACCCGCAAAACGUGCUUACCGCAAGACUGAGAGGCGUGAGCCAGGACUGGAUCACUCGUUACGAAGACGGUGCCGAAGAUCAAGUACAGUUCUUCACCGUGGCUCGUGUGGCUGCUGCGGCUAAGGGUCACACUAAAGCUCCGUUGAAAGUAGGUGACAUUGUCCUUAGCGUCAACGACCAGCUCGUGAGACUGGCUCGUGACUUGACCAACAUGUACACCGAACACACCCUCAAGUUCUUGGUGAUGAGACAGCGGCAAGAGCUCACGCUCGAGGUCGACACCGUCGACACCCACGACCUCAACACCAGCAAACUUGUCAGCUGGCUGGGGGCGCUGUUGCAGGCCCCGCACUACGCCGUGAGAGAGCUCAUGGACAAGGUGCCGCUGGAGAUCUACUGUACGCGGAUGCUGACUGGUUCGCCCGCCCACCAGUACGGUGUCGCCACCACGUCAUUCAUCACUCACGUCAACGAUGUCGCUACCCACGACUUGGAUGAGUUUGUGGCAGUAGUCCGUGAGAUCCCUGAUAACACUUACGUUAAGCUUCGGGCAGUGACCUUCGACAACGUGCCGUUUGCGCUUUCCGUCAAGGUGAAUUACCACUACUUCCCCACCCUGCAAAUGAGACGCACUGACGAUGGCAAGUGGGUUGAAGACGAGAUCAAGCCGUCCAAGUAA